AUGCCACCAAACUACGGUGAGGACGAAAUGUCCCUAUACGGGCGUUAUAUAUACCCUAUUUAUCUUGAUGAUGAUGAUGAUGAUGGAUCCGGCUGUACUGGUAGAUGUUUAACAGGGGUAGUUAUUUCUCUGAUUGUCUUUGGUAUCAUUAUACUUCUUUGGAUCUUGGCUCUCAUAAACAGAUUUUGUGUUCGUAUUCCUGGCUGGGAUGAUUCUUUUGGUAGAGUUUUAUGUUGGGGCCGUCUUAGGCGUCCAGAGAAGGCUAAAGGGUUUGCUCCUUUGAAUGAACCUCAGUUCUCUCGCCAGGUGGACCCAAUCCCAGUUUCCAUGCCUCAUAAUGAUCAAUACCGUGAAGAUAUUCAACUUUCGGAGCCAUACAGAGGAUAUAAUGGUGGACCUGGUGGCGCCCCAUAUCCGCCAGAAAGUGAGAACCCAUUUGAACCACAUAAUUCUAGACCACUCCAUACUAAUUAG